CAGACGGUGCCACUUUUUCUGGAUCAGGGCUGGUCGUGCAGCUAAGCCAGUUGUGGGCGCUUGAACGAUGACGACCCCCGCAUAUCUGUAUCUGCAGGCCAGACUCCUCGUAUUGCUACCCUGCAUUGCAUAUCACCCUAGCGGAAAUGCCGGCACAACAUGGCCCGUUGUUACCGGUAUGCUCUGCACCACUGCUCCCAACAUGUGAUGCAGCAUCAUAUAAACAUCUCAAGUCUGCCUUCAACCAUGGACCCUGGGCUAUAUUACGAUCUCUUGGACUCUGACGCCUCCAUCUCGAAUACGUUGUGGUGCUGCACAAGACACAGAGACUUCAAACACUAUGGCGACUAACCCAACAGUCAUGCUGUAUGGCCCAGGAAGGGCACAUAUCGAAGACACGCGCGAGCCAGAAAUCACCCAUCCCACAGACGCAAUCGUCCGAAUCAAGUACAUCGGCGUUUGUGGCAGCGAUGUCCAUUUCUGGAACCACGGAGGCAUCAAUGGCAAGUACGUCUCCGAGUCGCAACCCUUAUCAAUGGGCCAUGAGGCUUCAGGCACUGUCCACGCCGUUGGCUCAGCCGUCACGCAUCUCAAACCUGGGGACAACGUCGCCAUUGAACCAGGCCAACCAUGCCGCUCUUGUGUGCGAUGCAAGGAAGGGCUAUACAAUCUGUGUCCGGACAUGAAAUUCGCGGCAUGUCCACCGGACAACCCAGGUUGUCUGGCCAAGUAUUUUAAAAUCCCCGCGGAUUUCUGCUACAAGCUGCCACCCGGCGUGAGUCUGCAGGAAGGAGUCCUCGCAGAACCACUUGCUGUUGCCGCACAUGGCGUAAGAAUGGUCGGCAUCAAGCCUGGAGACAGUGUCGUCGUAUUCGGCUCAGGCACGAUCGGACUCUUAUGUGGUGCUGUCGCGAAGUUAUACGGCGCAAAAAGAGUGGUGGCGGUGGACGUCCUGGAGCAUAAACUCGACUUCGCGAGGAGCUUCAACAACUCCGCCACUUUCAAACCAGAUAUGAACUUGACUCCGGAAGAGAACGCCGCAAGAAUCGUCGCGGAGAAUGAUCUUGGUCUGGGUGCUGAUGCGGUGAUUGAAGCCUCAGGGGCAGAAACUUCAAUCGUCACCGCGGUACAUGUCCUGAGACCAGGAGGGUCUUUCGUUCAGACUGGACUCGGAAAACCGGUGAUCAAUUUUCCUAUUGUAACAAUGAGCGAGAAAGAGUUGCAUAUGCAUGGAUCGUUUAGAUAUAAUGCUGGAGAUUACCAGGUUGCGUUGGAUGUGCUGGAGGCUGGCACGAUACCACUCGAACGCCUCAGAACGAAGACUUUUGACUUUGAGCAUGCCACAGAUGCAUGGGAAGAAACCAAACAAGGCAGGGGUAUCAAGAAUAUGAUUCGAGGCUAUGGGUAUGGAGAUCCGACCAGGGCUGCCCACUUAUAAGGCGUCGGUAAUGCUGUACAGGCUCGUUAGCCGCCAUUGGUAGCGUGCCCUCAAUACAAAAGUUGCCACAUUUGAGAAGCGAAUCGACAUUGUACACAUGAGACAAAAGGUAUGAUGUACAAUUUGAAUUGGCUCAAUAAAACCUCGAUCGUUUAGUGCUGACUCCAUUCGAUGGAGUUGAGGUCGAUACCCUCCUGAACUAGUUCCCACAAUGGACUCAAUUCUCUCAAGAAUGUGACGCGCUCGCGGACCGCCUUCAAGACAUA